GGGGACACGAAGCCGGCAGAGGGCAGACAGGCUGGCCCUCGGCGGCGGGGCUCUCCCUGCACGCCCGCCACCCAGAGGCGCCCACGCCGUGGAAGCUCGCCAUGCUGCCGUGGGCACCACCAGCGCUGCUUGCCCUGCUUCUGCCCGUGCUCCUGACUCAGGGAGAAGCCAGGCGCAGGGGGGGCCUCCCGGCCCAGAACACCUCGGGGUCCGCUCUGCGGCGGCUGUCGGACCACCUCCUGACCAACUACAAGAAGGGCGUGCGGCCUGUGCGGGACUGGAGGAGGCCAACCACCGUGUCCAUCGACGUCAUUGUCUAUGCCAUCCUCAACGUGGAUGAGAAGAACCAGGUCCUGACCACCUACAUCUGGUACCGGCAGUACUGGACUGACGAGUUUCUCCAGUGGAACCCCGAGGACUUCGACAACAUCACCAAGCUGUCCAUCCCCACGGACAGCAUUUGGGUCCCGGACAUUCUCAUCAACGAGUUCGUGGACGUGGGGAAGUCUCCAGAUAUCCCGUAUGUGUAUGUCGGGCAUCAAGGCGAGGUCCAGAACUACAAGCCCCUCCAGGUGGUGACUGCCUGCAGCCUCGACAUCUACAACUUCCCCUUCGAUGUGCAGAACUGCUCGCUGACCUUCACCAGCUGGCUGCACACCAUCCAGGACAUCAACAUCUCCCUUUGGCGCCCGCCAGAAAAGGUGAAGUUCGACAAGAGCGUCUUCAUGAACCAGGGCGAGUGGGAGCUUCUGGGGGUGCUGACCCAGUUUCGAGAGUUCAGCAUGGAAAGCAGCAACUGUUAUGCAGAAAUGAAGUUCUACGUGGUCAUCCGCCGGCGGCCCCUGUUCUAUGCGGUCAGCCUGCUGCUGCCCAGUAUCUUCCUCAUGGUCAUGGACAUUGUGGGCUUUUACCUGCCCCCGGAGAGUGGUGAGAGGGUCUCCUUCAAGAUCACACUCCUUCUGGGCUACUCUGUCUUCCUGAUCAUUGUGUCCGACACGCUGCCAGCCACCGCCAUCGGCACUCCCCUCAUUGGUGUCUACUUUGUCGUGUGCAUGGCUCUGCUGGUCAUCAGCUUGGCUGAGACGAUCCUCAUUGUGCGGCUGGUGCACAAGCAAGACCUGCAGCAGCCGGUGCCUGCCUGGCUGCGGCGCCUGAUUCUCGAGCGAAUCGCCCUGCUGCUCUGCCUGGGGGAGCAGCCAACCUCCCAUCGGUGCCCAGCUGCCUCCCAAACCAGCAAGACUGAUGACUGCUCAGACAUGGGAAACCACUGCGGCCAUUUGGGAGGACCCAGGGACUUGGACAAGACCCCGAGGGGCAAAGACAGCCCGCCCCCACCGCCGCGGGAGGCCUCCCUGGCCAUGCGCGGGCUGCUGCAGGAGCUGGCCUCCAUCCGGCACUUCCUGGAGAAGCGGGAGGAGAGCCGAGAGGUGGCCCGGGACUGGCUGCGCGUGGGCUCCGUGCUGGACAGGCUGCUGUUCCGCAUCUACCUGCUGGCGGUGCUGGCCUACAGUGUCACCCUGGUCACACUCUGGUCCAUCUGGCAGUAUUCCUGA